AUGACCACCAGCGCCGCCACCCCGUCGCACACUCCCUGUGCCUGGGAGCACCAUCCGCAUUCCCAGCAGAGGCCUGCUCCCUCCCGGGCCACCACCUCCAGGACGCCCGCCUCAGUCGGCCAGCCGCUGCCGCCCGCCCUGCGCCCUAAUGAUGCCCGCUCGCCCAUUGCCCAGGACGCCCGCACUCCCAGCCCCAAUUACUUUGGCCUUGCAUUCGACUCGACCGCCGACAUCUUCUCCUCCAGUGGCGCCCGCCACGCCAAGGCAAACUGGAGCCCCCCAAAUUCCAAUGUGCGCUCUGCCGCUGCCGCCUCACCCCGCGUGAUACCCGUCGAUCAAAAUCCCGAGUUCGAAGCAUUCCGCCGCCAGUCCGAAGAGGGCAGAAAGUUCAGUCUCGGCGGCGGUUUGUCGCAGUUCACCUUUGCCAAAGCCCCGAUGAGCCUUUCUAGCCCGCCCUCCGCCCGCUCGACCGGCCAUGUCGACUCUCCCACCACCCAUCAAAACGGCACCCCCGUCUCUCCUCGGAGCAGCGACUCCAGCGGGUCUUUUCUGAUUCCCGAGAAGCCACGGUCUCCCAAGCGUAUGCUGUCGUCUGAUUCAUCCGGCUUCUCCAAUCGCCCACGCCGGCUGUCGCCCGGAAGCUACCCCGAGUCUUCGGACAGCGACCAGGCCCCAAAGUUCGCCGAUGGUGCGCUCGACAGACAUUCAAUGUUGCCAUCCAAAAUGCCCGUGAAUGCAUCGAUACACACCCGCGCCGAGACAUUACCAACGAACCUCGACAAUGAAAGCGCCGUGCCCAAACAGGGCCCAGUCAUGGUAACUCCGCAGCACAUCGUCACCCUCCUGGAAUCUUCGGAAGAGGAAAUGCUCCUUCUCGACCUCCGCGUUUCCACGCAGUAUGCGCUCUCCAGGAUACGCGGCGCUCUGAAUCUCUGCAUCCCCACCACUCUCCUGAAAAGGGCGUCCUUCAACGUGCAAAAACUGGCAGAGACGUUCAGCGACGAGGGCCAACGCAAGAAGUUCGAGAACUGGGGAAGAUGCAGGUACAUUGUCGUCUACGACGCAGACUCGUCGCAGUUGAAGGAUGCCACGAGCUGUGUCAACACUCUCAAGAAGUUUUCUAAUGAGGGCUGGAACGGCCCCUCAUACAUAAUACGCGGCGGCCUCAAUGAAUUCUCAAGCAAGUUCCCAUCUUUCGUAUCGAGGGGCACCGGCUCAACAACAAACAAUGCGAGCAAAAAGCCGAGUUUGAAGCUGGACAAUAUGCCAGGACCGGCCCCUGUUGUGGGUGGCUGCCCUAUGCCUGCAACACAAAACGCAGCAAACCCCUUCUUCGGCAACAUUCGGCAAAAUAUGGACCUAAUCGGCGGUGUCGGUCAGAUGCCUGUAAAGCGACCGCAAAGAAUGAACAACAAUACUGAGCGAGAGCUGCCUGGAUGGCUGAAGCACGCCGCCGAUCAGAAGGAUAAGGGGGCCUCCGUCUCGGACAAAUUCCUGCAAAUCGAAAAGCGUGAGCAGAAACGGAUGCAGGAAGCCUUGUCAGGAAAAGUCGUUUACGGCGAACCUGGGCCAGAGGCACCGAAGAGCGUUCGGAUUGCAGGUAUCGAGAAGGGAACCAAGAACCGAUAUAACAACAUCUGGCCUUUCGAGCACACCCGCGUUAAGUUGGAGGGCGUUCCAUCCGAAGGCUGCGAUUAUGUUAACGCGAAUUAUGUCCACCCACCGUGGUCUAACAAGCGGUAUAUUGCAACGCAGGGACCGAUACCAGUGACGUUCGCCGACUUCUGGAGUGUCAUCUGGCAGCAAGACGUUCGUGUAAUCGUCAUGUUGACAGCCGAGAAAGAGGGCGGUCAAAUUAAAGCGCAUAACUACUGGGACGCUCAACAGUAUGGGCCUUACAGAUUAAACUUCCACACCGAGCAUCGCGCAUCUCUGGAGCCCGGGGCCAUCAGGCGCCACCAUGCGAGGAGUAGCGCAGAUAACCGUUCUUCAGAAGGAUUGGGAGGCUCUUCACGGGGAUCAGGAGUGUCUUCGCAGUCCCAGGACUACUUCCCUUCGCCUGACAGCCAAACCUCACCUAAUUCCGACCAGCCCUAUGUCAUAGUUCGCAAGUUCACCUUGUCGAACACCGAACUCCCCUUCGCAAGGAUGCGCGAGAUCACACAACUUCAAUACUCUAAUUGGCCUGAUUUCGGAGCGCCGGCACACCCUGCCCAUCUUCUCGGUCUUGUGGAGCAAUGUGACGCUGUUGUCCGGCAGACGCAGGGUGGCUCGGUCGAUGAUCCCGACCCGCCGAGCAAACACCCGGUGCUUGUUCACUGCAGUGCUGGCUGCGGUCGCACGGGCACUUUCUGCACGGUUGACAGUGUUAUUGACAUGCUCAAGCGGCAGAGGAGUUCGCGGUCGCGACGCCAGGCAUCCCCAAUGGACCUGGACAAGACGUCGACGACAAAGGGCAAGGACAACCCGUUUUUCCAAGCCCAGGACGAAGCGACAAACGAGGGGCUCGACGGUCCAUGGGUCGACCGAGACGACAUUGAUCUGAUCGAGAAGACGGUCGAGACCUUCAGGCACCAGAGACUUAGCAUGGUGCAAAGCCUACGCCAGUUUGUCCUUUGUUACGAGAGUGUGCUGGAGUGGUUGGUUGAGCAGCACCAGGACUGA